AUGGGGUGCUUGACGUCCAGCUUGCAGCCCAAGGGCAAGGUGGUGCUCCUGAAGGAGAGUCAGCGUGAGGACUUCCGUGACGUCUACACAGUGGGCACCAGGCUGGGUGCUGGCGCAUUUGGCACCGUCUACGAAUGCAUAAAGAAGAAGGGUGAUUCCACCCUCUACGCAGUCAAGAUGAUGGAGCACCAAAGUAGUUGGUGGGGCCGGCUGUCCUCUUCACAGGAGGCGCAGUGGCAAACUUUCGUGCAGGAAUUUCAGAUGUUGAAGGUGGUGGAGCACCCUCGAUUGGUUAGGAUGGUCGGGGUCUUCGUGGACGAAGACUUCGUGUAUUUCGUAAUGGAUAAGUACGAGACGAGCCUCAUCCAGGCAGUGCUUCCGAUGCUCAAGAAGAGCUCGAGAGGCAUCGCGCCUCCGCUACUCGCAGAGGUCACGAAGCAGAUGCUGGAGUCGAUUGCGUAUUUGCAUUCGAACAUGAUUCUUCAUCGGGAUGUGAAGGCAGACAACUAUCUGGUAGAUGGCACCGAGUUCAAGGGUAGGGAUUUCAAGGUUGUCUUGACAGACAUGAGCACAGCUCGCUAUCUUGAGAACGGCGUGUUUCUGAAAGAUAUCGUUGGCACUCGAGAGUAUUGGGCUCCAGAACUGAUCACGCGCUCGUACGCGCAUCAGGUCGACGUCUGGGCCGUGGGCGUUUGUUUUUGGUGCAUGAUGACGGCCAAGUUCCCUUUCGCUUCGAUGCAGGAUCGUUUCAAGAAGCACUUGAAGAAGACCGAUCGGAUGAACAGCGAGCAGUUUAGCCUGGUCAGCGCGAUGCUGAAUAAGGCUUACAAGGACCGCAUUACGGCCGCCGCGGCAUUGGAGAACCCCUGGCUCAUCCGCGAGUGCAAGAAACACAAGGACAGCAUCGUCGGUCAGAGGCUCUCGGACGAACCUGCGGACGUCGGAGGCAACAGCGCGUCGAUGGAAGACUUUGAUGACACGCAAGGCUUCGGGCACACUCGCCAGCAGUCCAUGGACUCUCAGCAGGAGGGCGGCCCCGAUGGGGAGCAGAAGCGCUUCAACAAGAAGAUGAAGGCGGCAGCCGAGAGGCAUGCCCAGGGCCACAAGAGUGCCCUGGCCAUGGACGAGAAGGUGCAGGAGGCGAAGGACGAGAAGACGGCCAGCAACCAGCGCCCCGGCGAGUCUCGCGCCUACGAGUGGUGGAGCGAGGAGAGGUGCUCAAGCAAGCAGGUCCCGGACUAUCGGACGCGGUGCUCCAGGCUGGCGACUGCAACAUCGGACAGCAGCAUCAGGAUGGAGUCUGGGGACACCGUUGUCGGAGAGCCCGCGAACAUCGAGUGGAUGGAGAAUCUGUUCCGGGAAAAAAAGGUCGAUACCAGCUCGUGGGGCAAAGGCCAGGCGAAGACCAUGUCCCAUUUGAAGGACGAGUUGCAGCUGCACGAGUGCAGCUUGCUGCUGCGGGGUGAUAAGCUUAUCCGCAUGGUGGACCUGAUCGUGGUUCGCAUUCAGAGCAAGGACGGCAAAACUCUUGUGGAGUCCAGCCAGACUUUCUCCGACGGACGGGCACGACAAGUCCAGAGAUUUCCUGCCGUGAUGUGUCGCGCAAAAGGGAAAGGCCGUGAGAGUGCAAAGGCCGAGAUUGUGCGGCUGCUGCAGAACGAGCUGAAGUCUACGCCGGACAUCUUGAAAGUUGAUUUUGAGGGUGAACUCCUUUCUGAGCUUAUUACUGAGAGGGCUGGGUCGCAGUCGUACCCUGGCUUGGACAGCAUCUACCGCAAGUUUUUUUUCACCGCGCAGGUAAACGAGAACGCCAGACCUGCCCAGCUGGAGAGCGUUGGCCUGCCGAGCUGUUCCCCGUUCCAGACAACACUGCAGGAUGGCACGCAGGUCAAGUGGGAGUGGUGGGACUCGCAGAAGUGCCAGCAGCAGGGACUGCCUGUGAAUCCGCAGCCCACCAUCCUGAACAGCGACUUCGAGGGCUACCAGCAGAUCGAGGGCAGCAGAUGGCAGGAGGAUUCGCUGGUCCAGCUGCUCACCAAGCACCGAGUCCAGACGAAGCUCUUCGGGGUGGGCGACGCCCGAAGCAUCUCGCAGCUGGUUGCCGAGGUGAACUCUGGCGAGACGCGGCUCUUCGAGAAGCCGCAGAGCCCCGGCGACUUGAGGCGGUACUUGGAGAUCCUGAUCGUCCGCAUCAAGAAUCCCUCGGGCGCGUGCCUCGUCGAGACCGGGCACAGCUUUGGAGGGGGGCAGUCGCGGCAGCGCAACCUCUUCCCGGCCACCAAGCUGCGGCCGUUCGAGGACGCGAUCUGGGCGGUGCGCCGCCUGCUCGCGGAGCUCGACAUCCCCUUCUCCAGCGCCAAGACCACCUUCGGGCCCAGGAGGACGGAGAUCUCGAACAGCCCGUCGUACCCCAGCAUCACCACGGUGUACCUCAAGCAGGUUGUGGAGGUCCAGCUCGAGGACAUCUCCUACGAGAACCUGGACAACAACGACAUCGCCGCGAAGUGGUACCAGACGCAGCCCCCCGCUGAGGGGGUCCCGCGCCGAGGUUCCCUCCUGGGCUUGUGA